GAUUAAUGUCUGAAAUAAUAUUGAAUAUUACUCGACGCUUACAUAAUAGUGAAAUGAGUAAAAUGAGCAGUGACAAACAAUGACGUCAAUGUAUGGUGGUAGGGUAAGUGGACAUAGGACAGGAAGAACAAGAAAGAACUCACUCAGUGUCAAAAUGUACGUUUUAGUGGGUGAACAUGGAGUCAAAACAAUACGCGUAUUGCGUGCAGUUAAUACUUGAUCGAAAGACAGAUAUGAAGAGGAGAGAUAGAUAUCGCUAGAAGCGAUAUAUUAUAUUAUUAUUAGUAUAGGAAACAUCAGUUCUCUUCGUUCGAUUAAUAAGUUUCAAACGAAAUGCGCAAAUCUCUUUGAUGAUUAUAUCACGUAAUUGUUCAUUUUUAUAACCGUCAACAAUUUCAGCAAAUCCAGAAACUAUCGAAAUCACUAGAUUUAGUGAUACAUUUGCCAACACGGCAACCUUGGUCAUGUCAUAACCGACAAAUUUCGAAAAACGUAAACUUUAGACAAUUAAAUCAUAUAAAGAUGGCUUGUGAAGCAUGCAAAACAAAAUUUAAUUUAUUUAAACGAAGAAAACAAUGUACAGGCUGUCUAAGGUAUUUUUGUUCCGAGUGCCUCAUAAAGCGUAUUGACAAAACAUUUAAUUGUGAAAAUUGUGGUAUGUUAGCACGAAGACCGCUUAUUCGUAGUCAGAUUAUGCAAAUGCGCUCCAGAGAUCUACGCCAAUAUCUUAUUGCAAAAAAAGUAUCUAUCAAAGGAUGUGUAGAAAAAGAAGACUUGGUAAAUUUAUUAUUGAUAUAUGCAAAUGGUUCAGCAGAUAAUUUAAUAGAUGAAAAGAAACCUACGAUAAGGCCAAGUACACUAACAGAAGAACUACCUCAAACAAGUUCUACAAGUAGUACAUUACCUGAAACACCAAUACAAUUAGAAAAUCAUACAAAUGCAAUGAAUGAGGAAAGAAACAUAGAGUUUGAAUCAGAAUACGUAACAGUUAAUAACAUAGAGAUAGAAGAAAUAUCGGCAGGUGAUUGCAGUCCAGAUAGUGGACCAGAGCCUUUAGUUACUGAACAAGAUGAAGAUUCAGAAACAUUAGAUAUAAAACAAUCAGCUAUGUUAACAGAAAUUCCUGUGUGGUCAGGUCUUGUCAAGCUAUCAGAUAUAAAUGAAUUAUCACAAUUGGAACACUUAAGUGUGAAACAAUUAAAAACUCUUUUAAUAACAAAUCGUGUUGACUUUAAAGGUUGUGUUGAAAGGUGUGAAUUGUUGGACAGAGCAUCUAGAUUAUGGGAGGAACAUAAUCAAGCAAGGGCAGACAUAGAUAACAUGGAUAAAGAAGAUAUUUGUAAAAUUUGCUGGGAUGCGCCUAUAGAAUGUGUCAUUUUAGAAUGUGGUCAUAUGGCCUGUUGUAUUAAUUGUGGAAAACGAAUGUCCGAAUGUCCUAUAUGUAAACAGUAUGUUGUUCGAGUCGUGCGAUUUUUUAAAGCUUAAUGAAGGGAGUAAUUGUAAUAAUUGAACUUAUGGCAUUUAGAUUUUUGGAUAAAAAAAAAAAAGUAAAUAGAAAAAAUAUCUAGAAUUAAUCUAUUUACUUUACAAGUAAUUCAUUAAAGAAGAAUCGAAAUAGAAUUUUAAAUACUGAAGUCCCUUCAUUGAACAAAGAUAACUGAAGAGGAAAAAUGAAGAUUGUUACAUUGAUAGAUGCUUUCGAAAAAUGAAUAUUUUUAAAUCUAUUUCUGCAUAUUCU